UUUCAGUCUGAUGUGCCUGAAUGAAUAGUGUUCUACUGUACUUCACUACAUUGCUCCCCCUCCACCUACUUGUAAAUACACACGAAACUGCCAGACAAAUAUUUUAUCCGGGAACGACUAGCUCUUUCGACUUUUUCCAACUCUCACCUGAACUAAAGAACUAUGAUCUAUACGUGAAGUAUUGUGUCGAGCAAGAAUGUGACAUAUCAGUUUAUCAAAAUUUUAACAGAGAAGUUCCUACAAAUGGAACAAGCAGAUUUUCAGUAUCAUCAGUAAGCCACGAGGGUAGUUACACGAUGGCACUAAAAUCAGGAGAUAUCGGUUUUAUUAUUCCCUACAUUCUGAACAUCACAGCCUCCUACCUGUGUAUGCAGAAACCAGAGGAAUAUCUGUCCCGGGCGUUACCAGAAAUAAAUAAACGAGGACGCGGUGUUGUGGUACCUUGUACCGUUAUGGGAGAACCUUUACCUUCCGUGACAUGGAGGAAACGAGACGGCGAGAAAUUCGUGGACAUCAUCAGCGAUGAUGACAAGUAUACGAUAUCAAACUUGGGACAUCUCUUUAUUUCUAAUUUUUCUGACAGCGAUGUCGGUUUCUACUCAUGCAGUGCCACUAAUAAUUGUGGAGAGAGGUGUUCUGCGGACUCCCAAUGCUCAAAACACUCAGCACAAAGUCCUGACUACGAGUUAAAGAUAGAGGACGAUAUUCUGACCCCUACAAUUCCUCAGCAAAUCAGAAUAGACUACUACUUCCUUAAUCCAAAAAACGUGAAGUGCUGGAUCGACAGUUGUUUCUCGUAUCACAGAACUUCCAGUAAUCUCUACAUGUAUAUCAGGCCUCAUGAAGAUGUUCAUGUUGAGGUGUUCGCUGAUAUGCACUCCAACUCCAGCUACAUUGGUUACGAAAUGAAAACAUUAGUCCAGAGCCCAAGGUUCAUAUCGUACAGCGAUAAAGUAUGUACAGGAGUAUUGCGGAACUACACGAAUAAAGAUGUUUUUAUCAACUCAGUCGACUGUGGGACUUACGAUAGUCAACAAAUGUUCUCACUGUAUAUGGCAAACUACCGAAUAGCGAUAACAGAGCCGCUUAAAAUAAAAUCCUCAUCUCAAAUAGACAUUGUAGAGUACGGUGCCAAUUUCACGAUAGACUUCAAAGUUACACGAGGUCACUCAGACGCUCUGCACACAGAAAUCAAUGUGGACGAGAUAGCGUGCUACAAGAACGGAGAGGAAUUCCAGAUGGAGGCAGGGUGGCAUAAACAGUGCACGUGGAAUGCAGAUACCAAGACAGUCUCUAUACUGAUUAUUUGUACUACUGAUACUGAUACUGGAUAUUAUCAGGUCCGCGUGAAGAACUGGUCAGGUACCAGUAUCUCAGAUCCUCUUUACGUGGAAACAUACCCCCACUCCGAGACCAGUAGAAAUUGCUUUUCUCUCAGACACACUGUGCUCAGUCCUCGGAGUGUUCGGCUGGAAUGGGACAGUCCGCGAGCAAACCAGAACAAAGCUUUAAUCUAUCAGAUAAUAGUCCAGAACCGGGCAUGGAAGGAGAACCUUGAACCUUCCCACACUGUAAAACUAUCAACUGUUGUGGAGAACCUCCACCCUGGUACCCCUUACUACGCAUACGUGCAAUCUAAAGGAGACCUGGUAGGACACAGGAUAGAGUUUAACACCCACGAGGAGCGUCCAGGAGCCACGCCCACAGAGGUGCGAUGUGAAGCACAGGAGGGGACUACUUCUCUUUACUGUGUCUGGAACGAGAUACCUCUCAAAGAGAGGAACGGGAAGAUAACGAGUUACAAAGUAAAAUACAGACUUGAUUACGAGUGGGAGUUUAACUUCACUUCAGUGGACUAUAUUCGUAUACCAGACCUACAGCCAGUCGCUCUCUAUACUGUCCAGGUGAUGGGGUGCACUGCAGUGGGGUGUGGCCUAGCUAAAGAACUGCAAGUAACCACUAACGAGGAUAAACCCUUAUACCGACCAGCUCUCCGUUACAUCAUAUCUGGAGCUAAGAAUAUCAGGAUAGGCUGGGUCAAACCUGCUGGGUCUUUUAAGAAUAUGUUCUACAUUGUUGAUUGCAAGAGGAAAGAGACAGGAUUGUCGAUAUUCAAAAAGAAUGUUUCUGACGUUGACGCUGUUAUUGCCGGUCAAGCUGUAAAGUCUAAUACUGAGUACAUUGUCUCCAUUACUCCCGAAACGUCUCAAGGUUUUGGACCAGCUCUCUCCAAAAACGUGUCCACUCUUUCCGGAUGCGCUGCUACACGUUCCUCCUUUUUAGUGAAUUUCUUUAGUGUUUUAAUUGUCUUUGAUUGUUUUUAUUGGUUAUGAGAUUUGACAUAUUGUUGCACUCAUGAAGUUAUGA